AUGGCAAGCUUUGUAGCUUUAGCCAUUUUCACAUUUUGUCUCUUUUGUUUAGUCUCUUGUGAUGCUGCUUCUGAACCAGGAAAUGGCUUUAGUGUAGAACUAAUUAACAGAGAUUCACCAACGUCUCCCUUUUACAGACCUGAAGAAACUCAUACUCAACGCUUCUCUAAUGCUUUUCGUAGAUCGAUAGGCCGUGUCCAUCAUUUUAACCAAGAGAGUUCUUCGGUCUUUCCCACGACGGUGGAGUCUGAGAUAUUCAAUAAUCAGGGGGAGUAUCUUAUGAAAAUUUCACUUGGCACACCAGCUUUUGAAAUUUUAGCUAUAGCUGACACGGGCAGCGACCUUAUAUGGACAAAGUGUCGCCCCUGUGUCGAGUGUUAUCAAGAAGAUGCUCCUAUUUUUAAUCCAAAAGCUUCAUCAACUUAUAGAGACCUUUCCUGCUCCACUCGUCAAUGUCGAAGCCUAUCUGAAAGAAAAUGCAAAAGGAAUCAAUGUCAUUACUCAUAUUCUUAUGGAGAUGGCUCCUUCACUGUUGGAAAUCUUGCUGCUGAAACUAUUACCUUGGGUUCUACAAGUGGCCGCCCUGUGGCUCUCGCUAAAUCUGUAUUUGGCUGCGGACAUAACAAUAGUGGAGCGUUUAGUGGACAAGUUUCAGGCCUUGUUGGACUUGGAGGUGGCUCCAUUUCCCUCAUCUCUCAACUGGGUUCUUCAAUCGGUGGGAAAUUUUCCUACUGUUUGGUGCCAUUUUUCUCCAGAACAGCAAACUCAAGCAAGUUGAACUUUGGAAGUAAAGGCGUGGUUUCAGGUGAGGGAACCAUGUCUACCCCAUUAAUCCGCAAAAAUCCUGACACCUUCUACUUUCUGACACUGGAAGCUAUAAGUGUUGGAAAGAAAAGAAUAAAAUUUCCCAGUUUUUCAUCUGAAACUAUUGAGGGAAACAUCAUUAUUGAUUCUGGAACCACAUUGACAUUAGUCCCCGAAGAAUUUUACUCAGAACUGGAAUCAGAAGUAGAAAGUUCUAUCAAUGGAGAACGUGUCUCAGAUCCCACCGGCACUCUCAGUCUGUGUUACACUGUUGAAUCUGAUAUAAAGGUUCCUAUAUUGACAGCACAUUUCACUGGUGCAGAUGUGAAGCUCAAGCCUCUGAACACAUUUGUUCAAAUUUCUGAAAGUGUUACGUGUUUUUCUUUUGCACCUAUUAGAUCUGGUGCAAUAUUUGGGAAUUUGGCGCAGGUGAAUUUCUUAGUCGGAUAUGAUCUUCAAGAGAAAACUGUUUCUUUCAAGCCAACUGAUUGCUCCAAGAAAUAA